AUGUCUAUCCAGACUACCGGCCUUGCCUUAAUCGUAGCCGUCUAUUUAAUUAUUAGGUACCUCAACCGGACAGAUACUUGCAAAAUCAAAAACCUACCCGAGGUACCAGGCCUUCCUCUCUUUGGAAACCUUCUUCAGUUCGGAAACAGCCAUGCAAAAGUGGCUGGCGAUUUGGCGAAGAAAUAUGGUCCGGUAUUCCAAGUCAGGCUAGGAAAUAGACGCAUUGUCUUUGCAAAUACCUUCGAUUCUGUGAAACAUCUCUGGAUCACCAAUCAAUCCGCCUUGAUAUCUCGCCCAACACUCCAUACUUUCCAUACGGUUGUGUCCAGUUCGCAAGGUUUUACAAUUGGCACAUCGCCAUGGGAUGAGUCCUGCAAGCAUCGACGAAAAGCUACAGCAACCGCCCUGAACCGACCAGCGGUGCAGAGCUACAUGCCAAUCAUUGACCUAGAAUCAAAUAUCUCCAUCAAAGACCUCCUCGAGGACAGUUUGGACGGCACCAAGGAUAUUGACCCAAUUGCGUACUUCCAACGAUUUGCUCUCAACACCUCCCUAACCCUCAAUUAUGGUACACGGAUCGAUGGAAAGAUUGAUGAUGAACUAUUGCAGGAAAUCUGUCAUGUGGAGCGUGUGGUUAGCAAUUUCAGAUCUACCAGUAAUAACUGGCAAGAUUACAUCCCCUUACUGCGAUUAUUGCCAAAGGGGAAUGAUGCUGCGGUGGAAUAUCGUGAACGGAGAGACAAGUAUUUGACCUUCUUAUUGAAUAGACUCAAGAAGCAGAUUGACGAGGGUUCGGACAAACCUUGCAUCACUGGAAAUAUAUUAAAAGACCCUGAAGCGAUACUAAAUGAGAACGAAAUUAAAUCCAUCUGCUUAUCCAUGGUCUCCGCUGGUUUGGAUACCGUGCCCGGGAACCUCAUCAUGGGAAUCGCCUACCUCUCAUCCCAGCAUGGUCAAGAGAUCCAAAAACGAGCAUACGAUGAAAUCAUGAAAGUCUACCCCGACGGCGAUGCCUGGGAAAAAUGCAUCAUGGAAGAAAAAGUCCGUUAUGUCACGGCACUUGUGCGAGAAAUCCUGAGAUUUUAUACCGUCAUCCCAAUAUGUCUUCCGCGAACAAGUAUCAAGGACAUACAGUAUGGGGAUGCUGUCAUUCCUGCUGGCACCACAUUCUAUAUGAAUGCUUGGGCAGCCGACUAUGACGAAACGCACUUCAAAGACGCGCGCUCUUUCAACCCGGAACGAUAUCUGGACAACCCCGAAGGCUCAGGGACCCCACACUACGCCUACGGAGCGGGGUCGCGCAUGUGUGCCGGUUCUCACCUUGCAAAUCGCGAACUCUAUACGGCGUUCGUGAGACUAAUUUCAGCAUUCCACAUCGAUCCUCCGAAAGAUCCAAAAGACAACCCGGUUUUGGAUGCGUUGGAGUGUAAUGCUAUUCCGACUAGCUUGACUACUGAUCCAAAGCCAUUUAAAUGUGGAUUCCGCGCGAGGGAUUUGGGGAGCUUGCAGAGGUGGAUGAGGGAGAGCGAGGAGAAGACGAAGCAUUUAUGA